AUAAACCAUUCCCAAGUUUUAUGUUAGAUUUUACAAUUUACAACUUUUCUUUUAGUUCUUUCAAUUCUUAUGUUACAGAAACAGAAUGGGCGCAUUUUAUGAUUAGAAGAUUUUAUAAAACUUUACCCAAGGCUAUGGGUAAGAAAUUCGCGAAGAAAGAGUCUAAUGUUACAGCUACAGCACAACCUUCUCCAUCUCCUUUACGAACACGAGGUGAAGACGUUCUUAUCUCAGUUCAUCUUAAACCUGGAGCUAAGUUUACUCAAGUGACAGACUACAGCCAGGAAUCUGUUGGUAUAUCCGUCUCAGCUCCUCCCGUGGAAGGAGAAGCAAACCUGCUCCUAAUCAAGUUUAUGGUGGAGAUCCUUGGAUUAAAGAAAUCUCAAGUUUCUCUUGAAACUGGACACAAGGCCAGAAAUAAGGUUGUUUGUGCGUCGAGGGUGGAUGAAGAAUUUGUUGAAACCAAGCUCCGGGCAGCCCUUGGAUAAUACCGAAGUUAUUGCACCCCCGUCUUUUUAUUCUUUAGACCAAAUACGUU